AUGGCUACCAUAUCUCUCGUCUAUUUUACCGCAGUCGGCUCUGAGGUAUGCACAGAGCUGCCCAUCGACGGUGGCUGCGCGACAUUUUAUCUUCCUGAUAACCCUGCAGAAGAUGCUCUGAUCCUCAGCCCCAGUAUCGAUGAACGCCAUUCUAAUAUCUGUCUUGAGGUCCACCGCACUUUUGUUCUCCUUCGUACGUUCAAUACCACCGCCGGGCCCUGUUGCGUGCUUGGCGACGAUGGCAUCAACAUUGAGCUGCCUCUUUCCACUGCCUCUCACCAUAAGUCAAUCAUCUUGGGCACCAACACCCACAUCAUGGGACCCUCUGGUCGUUGGGGGCUUCGCUGGGGUGAUGUGGACGGAGCAGAUUCAUAUUCUAGGAGACUGCCACCACUGCCACCAGUCACUGAAUGCGUUGGAACACCUUUAGCAACCGAAAAGGAGUUCCAGGAGGAGGUCGAUGUGGGGGCAGUGACCGGAGACGCAGCCUCUGGCGACUCUGUGAUGCCAUGUAUGCUGCCUGAUGCAGAUAAACUUACAUCUACCGUUUUUGAAAAGCCCCCUGCGCAUGAUCGUCGUCCUCAGUCUGCAAGAGACACAAUCGAUGCUCCCUCAGGGUCUUCUGACGUCCAGGAGAUAUUCCGAGGCAAAGAUGAUGCCACAGCUCUGUCGGCGUUUGAGCGACGAAGAGGCAAGAGAAAACUUGGGGACAUUGACAAUGCGGAGUCGAGCCUAGAACUCGUGCGUAGUCAGUUCAGCCCACGGGACGACGGCGUUUCGACCGAUCGUAGCACUACAGGCAUCAAUUCCCCUAAGAAGAAAACACAAACGGGGACGCAAAAGAGGCAAGGCACCAAACAAUCAACGAAGCAGUCGAACCCCCGGGAAGCAUUGACAGAAACAAAUGCAAAGCCACAACGCAGCCUACCCGACGAGCAAUCAUCCCCUAUGAGAAGAAUGGCCAGGGGAAACGAGUCGACAUCCCCCACGAAAUAUACUGUUGCUGUUGCUCCUGUAGUUAUCUUCAGCGGCAGUACCAGCAUCCAAGAGAAAAGGGCUGCAAUGCAAACCUUUGAGCGCCUCGGAGGCAAGGUGAGCACAGAGAUAACCAAGUCGACAAUUCUGUGCAUUCCGGAAGGCCCUUUGAAGAGAACCGGAAAGCUUAUCAUGGCCGUGGCCAUGGGAAUAGACAUAGUGACCGAGAAAUGGAUUGCUGACGCACAUCGACUUGGGCGAUUUCAAGCCAUUGAAGAAUACCUGCCCCUGGACAGAUCUCGAGAGCGGCAGUGGGGUUUCAACCUCAGGGACGCCAUUGGAAGGGGUAAGGCCGGGCUGACGCAUCUACUCUCUGGCACCACGAUCUUUCUCACGAAGCAGCUCCGAACUGACCUGGGAAAUUUGGAGCGUGAGAUUUCUCAAAUCGCCACCGUCCUGGGUGCAGAUGCUGUCAAGCAUCGCUUGCCAGCUCUCAAAGACAAGGCCAAGUUCAGCGAGGCAGAGAUCUUCAUUAUCGGAAUGCCUGGCGACCCCCAAGGGGCUCACGUUGAAAAGCUGGGCCACACGCUUUUCAAUAAAGACGUCCUGACCAUGGCUGCUCUAAGAGGCCGAGUUGACCGAGAUUCUGCAGAAUUCAGGAUCGAGAUACCCACCAAGGACGAGGUCGUCAAGGUCUGA